AUUUGCCACCCACGGAGAGAGAAAGCUGAGCCAGUUCCACCUUCUUCCUCUUCCUCUUCCUCAGGCUCCACAAGAAACAGAGCAUUCAUUUUCUCUGUUUCAUUCCUCGCCGCCGCCCACAACGAAAGUGAAAGGCGUGGGUUCGGUGUUCUGUGACUUGGCGGGCAGCGCAGAUAAUCGCCAUGGAGCCAAAUCAACAGAGGACUCGUGCUCAUCGGUCGCGUCCUCCGACGCAAACCUCCUCCAAUCUCACUGUUAUUCUCCCAUUGAUCGCCUUCGCUGCCAUGGUAUUGAUCCCUUCAUCCCCAUCAUCCUUUAAAAAUAGCCUUUCUAUUCUGCACCAAGUCCCGGAAGGCCAUGUGGGCGUGUAUUGGAGAGGAGGUGCUCUUCUGAAAACAAUUACGGAACCAGGUUUUCACUUAAAGAUGCCUUUCUUAACACAGUAUGAGCCUGUUCAAGUGACACUCAAGACAAAUAUGGUGACAGAUAUAUGGUGUGGUACUAAAGGAGGUGUCAUGAUUAAUUUUGAGAAGAUAGAAGUUGUAAACCGACUUCAUAAGGAAUAUGUCUAUGAGACAUUGCUCAGUUAUGGGAUGCAUUAUGAAAAGACAUGGAUAUAUGACAAGAUUCAUCAUGAGAUUAAUCAGUUCUGCAGUUCUCAUAGUUUUCUACAGGUCUACAUUGAUGUUUUUGAUCAGAUUGGUAACAGGAUGAAAGACGCUCUUCAGGUUGAUUGCACCCGAUAUGCUCCAGGCAUCGAAGUUAUCAGUGUCCGUGUCACAAAACCAACUAUUCCAGAUAGCAUCAGACGCAACUUCGAGCAAACGGAAGAGGAACGCUCUAAGGUCUUAGUUGUUACUGAAAGACAGAAGGUAGCUGAGAAGGAGGCAGAGACUUCGAAGAAGAUGGCUAUUAGUGAGGCUGAGAAAAAUGCCAGUGUUAGCGAGAUCCUUACGGGGCAGAAGUUGGCGGAAAAAGACGCUUCUGGGCGCCACCAACAAAUGGAGAACCUUAUGUACCUAGAACGCGAGAAGACCCUGGCAGAUGCGUAUUUCUACCGGGCAACAAAAGAGGCUGAAGCAAACAGGUUGAUGCUUACCCCAAAAUUUCUCGUGCUUAAAUUCAUCGAGGCCACUGCUAAUAAUACCAAGACAAGCUCUGGGAAUAAGAUUUCUCGCCUCUGUCCAUUCCUCGUCGCCAUGUUUCAAGGUCUGGUCUCGUCUAGAUUUUUCCGCCGCCUCGGCCGGCGCUAAAUAGGAUUUUUGAUCGGAGGCUACUCCAAAAUGUCCGGGAAAACGUGUUUAUAAAGACAUUUGGGAAAGAGAGUUGUAUUAUUUAUGAGGCAUUCUUGCUAGGCUUGAUAAGACCCAACAGGAUGACAUGUAUUAUAAUGUUGUACGAUGUAAUGUUUGGUUUGUUGUUAUAAGUGCAUGUUUGAAUCUGCUUGCAUGAUUAAA